AUGAGUUCGAGACCCAGCGGACCCGUGGUGUUGACGGCGGAGGAGGAGGCCAUACUAAACGAAGGAAUUGGUUUGAUACUUUCACGGUGGACUGCCAUGCGAGCAGCCGUCGAUAACGGUUGGGGCGGCCGAGAUUCUCAAGAGAAAGCCGUGCGCACCGUUUCCAAUGUUCUCGAUUAUUUCACCCUUUCAAAAGAUCCAACGGACUUUGACGGAUUAGCUGACAUUCUAGAGAGUGGUCUUAAUGAGCUUAACACUGUGGCUGAAGAUGGAAGCCUCGAGGAGGUGACAGAGACGCUUCUAGAUUUGUAUUACGAAUGCCUCGAAGGCAACUUCCAGAGGGUUGAGAAACUCAGGUUGACUAAUCCUCAGACCACUGCAAAUGUUGUCAAGGUUUCAAGUGGUAACGAUGAGGAAGAUGAGGAUAGCGAUGAUGAAGGUGAGGAUACAGAGAUGAACAAUGAUCAAAGCACAGACAUGAUGGUGGAUGCAUCUGAGAACUCCUCUAACCGGAAACCAGAAGCAAUCCCGGUUGAUGAACCAAAAGCCGAUGAUGGUUGGACGGUUGUUCCUUCUAGAAAAAACAAGGGCAAGAAGAAUUGA